AUGAGUUCUGUGACCCUUUUUCAAGACACUGGCAAGAGCCAGGGUGAUGUCGAGAAGCAAAAUGACAAGCCCUCAGGUAUCAACACGCGUCGAGAGCAAUCUCCCGACGAAAGUGCUAUUGCGACACCCAAUUCUGACAAAAAUGCUCAACCACAGCGAACCAUCAGGGGCUUCCGCUGGUUUCUUGUUUGCCUCGCCAUUUUUUCAGCAAACUUUCUCUAUGGCCUCGACACCACCAUCGCCGCGGACAUUCAAGCUGCGGUAUCCGAGAGCUUCGACAACGUCUCUCAACUAGGGUGGCUAGGAGUUGGCUUUGGCCUUGGUUCAACGGUCGCCAUCUUACCACUGGGCAAGGCGUACGGCAUCUUCGACACCAAGUGGCUUUACAUUGCAUCCCUAAUCAUGUUCUCGGCCGCGAGUGCGCUCUGUGGAGCUGCGCCGUCCAUGAAUGCCAUAAUUGUUGGUCGAGUCUGGGCUGGUGCUGGCGGUGCCGGAAUGUAUCUUGGAACGAUCAAUCUUGUAACGAUGACGAGUAGCCCUCGCGAGGCAGCCUUCUACGUUGCUUUUGAAGGAUUCGUUUAUGGCGGCGGAUGCAUCCUCGGCCCAGUUGUCGGAGGUCUGCUAUCAGACAGCGCUGCCACCUGGCGAUGGGCAUUCUACCUCAAUCUCGUUCUCUUUGCGGUGACGAGCCCCAUCUAUAUCUUCGCCCUUCCUUCCCUCCCUCGACAGCCCGACACAUCGUUCAUGGACAAGAUCAAGAAGCUCGACUGGUUGGGCAUCGUCCUGACAGCGGCGCUGUAUUCGUGCUUCGUGUGCGCUUUUACUUUUGGCGGGCCGGAGUGGGCUUGGAAUGACGCCCGAUUUAUCGUUCUGGUUGUCCUCUUCGUCGUCUUCCUAGCCACCUUCGCUGUCACUCAGCACUAUGCGGUCUUCACAACCAAAGAAGAUCGGCUCUUCCCGUGCGAGUUCCUGGGCAACUUGCAACUUGUUCUCAUCUACAUCGGAAUGGCAUGUGGUGGUGCCGGGCUCUUCGUCGCUGUGUACUACAUCCCUCUCUACUUCCUCUUCGUCCACGGCGACACAGGCACCGAGGCAGCGAUUCGCCUGCUGCCGUUCAUCUGCUUCUAUAUUACUGCAAUCAUGGGCUGUGGUUAUGCGAUGCCUCGUACCGGUUAUCCCAUGAUCUAUUACUUGCUUUCGGGUGUGCUGUUGACAGCCGGCGGCGCAGCCAUGUACACCAUCAAGGCCGACAGUCCCGCCAGCCAUACUUACGGCUUCUCUGCGCUGGUUGGAUUCGGUCUCACAAUCAGCCAAGCCGGGUAUGCAGUAGCUGGAGGGAUUGUCAAGCCCGAGCGCAUGGCCGACGUGAUCCAAUUCUUGAACAUCUCUCAAGGCCAGAGCCAGAUGCUUGGACUCGCAAUUGCAAGCGCCAUCUUCCAGAGCAAGGCCUUUGAAGGAAUGUCGGUAGUUCUUGACGGUCAAGGCUUCACUACGGAGGAGAUUCGAGCAGCCAUUGCUGGGUCUCAAAGCAAGGUCCUCCAGAGUAUUAGCCCAGAGCUGAGGGAGCGAUGUCUCAAUGUCUUGGUGGAGACCAUUGCGGAUAUCUGGAUCAUGGUGAUUGUGGCUGGAGCACUGUUAACCAUUUGCGCUUGUUUCAUGUCCCGAAAGCGAUUUUAAGGUGGAAGAGGACGGUUGCAAGGAUAAAUUGUGGUGUAGGUGAUAACGAAGGCUAUCAAGCGAAGGCGAAUCUUCAAACAACUGGACUAAACACAUCAUUUCAUUUCUCAUGUUGGACUAUUA